AUGGUGCGCAUUAGGGAGAUUCCCCGAACGGCCACGUUCGCCUGGUCUCCCGGUGCUCAGGCGCCCCUGUUAGCCACCGGAACCAGAGCUGGUGCCGUCGACUUCGAUUUUUCGAAUGAAACCAACUUGGAACUGUGGGAUUUGGGACUCGACAAGGAUAACGUUGCCGCGGAGCUGCAGCCUUUGGUCAAAGUCCCUAUAGAGUCUGGUUUCCACGAUCUAGCCUGGAGUGAUCAUCUCGAUAAUAAGCGCGGAAUUGUUGCUGGAGCUCUCGAUAACGGAUCGCUCAAGCUCUGGGAUGCCGACAAGCUUCUGAACGGGACAAGUGAUGCUUUAGUAACCUCAACACAAAGGCAUUCCGGCGCCAUCAAGUCUUUACAAUUCAAUCCAAAACAUUCGAAUCUCCUCGCUACUGGAGGCGCGAAAGGCGAGCUGUUCAUUACGGACUUAAAUAAUGCCGAGAACCCUUUCCGUCUAGGAAAUACCGCCGCUCGCGCGGAUGACAUUGAAUGUUUAGACUGGAAUAAGAAGGUUGCGCACAUCUUGGUGACGGGUACCAGUGCAGGUUUUGUGACUGUAUGGGACGUUAAGACGAAGAAAGAGAGCCUGACCUUGAAUAACUACGGCCGAAAACCCGUUAGCGCUGUGGCUUGGGACCCUGAGAAGCCAACAAAAUUGGUGACAUCCACACCAUUGGAGUCUGAUCCGGUCAUUCUUGUUUGGGAUCUACGAAACUCCCAUGCCCCUGAACGGGUGCUAAGAGGACAUGAAUCCGGAGUGUUGUCAGUGUCGUGGUGUACCCAAGAUCCCGAUCUACUAUUGUCAUCAGGCAAGGACAAUCGAACAAUCUGUUGGAAUCCCCAGACAGGUGAAAACUACGGAGAGUUGCCAAUUGUAACGAACUGGACUUUCCAAACACGAUGGAACCCACAUAAUCCCAACUUCUUCGCCACUGCAUCGUUUGAUGGCAAAAUCACUGUUCAGACCAUCCAAAAUACUAGCAAGGAAGCUGCGCAGGCAGCUGCUACUCAGAACCAAGCGCUGGAUGGCGAGGAUUUCUUUGCGCGAGCACAAACCCAGCCUCAAGCCACCACAUUUUCGCUACCGAAAACACCCAAGUGGCUUGAAAGGCCCGUUUCAGCAUCAUUUGGAUUUGGUGGCAGAGUUAUCUCGGUUGGCCUCAAUGAUAGCACCAGCCGAACUUCCAAAGUUAGGAUUACUCCCUUUCAAGUCGACUCCACCGUCGGUAGUGCUGCAGAGAGCUUUGAGAAUGCUCUCAAGGAGGGCAAUCUUAAGAGCAUUUGCCAGGCUCGUAUCGAGAGUGCUUCAACGGAGGAAGAGAAGUCUGACUGGAAAGUCAUCGAGAACUUGCUCUCGGAAAACCCGCGGAAGGGCCUAGCCGCUUACCUUGGCUUCUCUGACGACGUCAACGAUAUCGCUGAUGAAGUCAACAAGUUAGAAAUCAAGGGAGAGACGAAUGGUGAGGUCGAGCAGGCAAAGAGUGAAGAGAAGAAAAAGCACAAACGUCUUCAGUCAAUUUUUGACACCUCGGGAGAUUCAGACGAUUUCUUGACUGACCUAGGUGCCUCUAAAGGCGCGCAAACUAACAACCCAUUUAACAUCUAUACCGGAGGUGAAUCUGAGGCCGACAAGUCGAUCACUAGGGCGCUUUUGCUGGGUCAAUUUGAACGAGCCCUUGACGUAGCGCUUCAGGAAGGCCGUCUGUCUGACGCAUUUAUGAUCGCGGUCUGUGGUGGAGACAAAUGCAUUGAAAAAGUUCAGGAAGCAUAUUUUUCGAAGCAAGACGGUGGGCCAAACUACGUUCGUCUAUUGUCUUCAAUCGCAGGCAAAAAUCUAUGGGAUGUUGUGCAUAAUGCAGAUUUAUCCAACUGGAAAGAAAUCAUGGCGACAUUGUGCACUUUCGCUGACGAGAAGGAGUUCCCUGACCUUUGCGAAGCCCUUGGUGACCGGCUUGAGGAACAAGCUAGAAACACUGCCGAUAAAAGCAGUUGCAAGGACGCCUCCUUCUGUUAUUUGGCAGGAUCGAAACUGGAGAAAGUGGUUACUAUCUGGCUUGAGGAAUUCAAAGAAGGCGAAAAGCAAGGCAUUGACCAGGCCCAGGAGGGAUCCAGUUUCUCCGUCCACGUCCGCGCCUUGCAGGCAUUCGUUGAGAAAGUCACGGUAUUCCGCCAAGUGACGAAUUACCAGGAUGCUGACCGCCAGAAGGAUGCCGAUUGGAAGCUCAGUGUGCUCUAUGACAAGUAUAUCGAGUACGCCGAUGUUGCAGCUUCGCAUGGUCACCUCGAUGUGGCAGACCGGUAUUUGGGUUUGGUUCCAGACAAGUACGACGAGGCAGAUGCUGCCAGGAACCGGAUCAGACUGGCAACACGGAAAGCACCUGCUGUCGCCGCCAAAUCCGCCGCUCAAGUCCCGCAAGCACGAACGAGCUCUCUCCCACAACCAAACAUCUACCAACCGCCUCAGCCAACAUUCAGCCCGGCACCGCCUGUCAGCAACAUAUACGCCCCGACAAACACACCGCCACCUGCUGUGCCCGCGAACCCUUAUGCCUCAUUUGGAGCCAAUCCAUAUCAGCCAAGUGGUGGUUACCAGCCUGUGCAAGCUGCAAAACCUCAGGUUGCACCUCCUCCGCAACAAUUCGGUGCACCUCCUCCACCAGGACCUGGGGGAGUGCCACCGCCCCCUAGGGUUUACAACCAGCCUCCCUCUGGACCUCAGGUAUCAACAUACACAACUAGAACUGAUCUUCCAGCCUGGAACGACUUGCCUGAAGGAUUUGGAGCGCCGAAGCCAACCUCCAGACGCGGUACACCGGCUGCAAUGGCAGCUCCUUUCCCUGGUCAACCGCAGUCAUUUGGAUCUCCAAACUCUCCACCGGUCGGUCCUCCCCCUGUAGGUGGACAAAGAGCUCCUCCUCCUCCUCCACCACCUAAGAGCGGUGUUCCACCACCCCCCCGUAUAACGUCACCCCCGGUGGCACCUCCAAGGGCACCAUCGGUGUCAUCAAACCCUUCAGUGCCUCUUAACGCGUAUGCUCCUCCAGCGGCUACCCAGUCUCCAACAACCCUUCCCGGCAUGGCCAUUCCUCCACCCAUCCCACGGGGUCCUUCUCCUUACAAUGCACCCCCUACUGGUCCUCCGCCCACGAAUCGAUAUGCGCCUAGCCCUGCGGCACAGCCAGCCGCCCCUCAAACAAGACCUCCACCAAGCGGUCCUUAUGCCCCUCAACAACCAGCAGCUGCCUCCCCAAGCCCGUACGCGCCAGUUGCAGGAACUGCACCUAUCCCGCAAGCUGGACCGCCUCCAACUGGAGCAGCUGUCGGACUGCCGGUGGCUGCGGGAUCGCGACCGGGAACGGCACAGUCGCAGACGCAGAAGAAGGCGGCACCACCUCCACCCAAAUAUCCUCCCGGUGACCGAUCUCACAUUCCAUCAGACGCCAUUCCUAUUUACGAACUUCUCUCCAGUGACAUGCAGCGUGUGAAAGGGCGAGCACCAGCAUCAUUUAAAGCGCAGGUUGACGACGCAGAGCGACGGCUAAACAUUUUGUUUGAUCAUCUCAACAACGAGGACCUCCUCAAGCCUAACACAAUUGCCGAUAUGGUGGAAUUGUCCAAGGCGAUACAGAACAGAGAUUACGAGACCGCAAAGAAUAUCCAUCUCGAUAUUUUGACGAACCGAACGGAUGAGUGCGGUAAUUGGAUGGUCGGUGUAAAGCGAUUGAUUAGCAUGAGCCGAGCAACCCCAUGA